GUAGCGCUCAAGGUCAAGAGUGUACAGUAUAGAUGCAUGCACCUACUGCGCACGGAUGAACGUCAUGAAGAAUGACAUUUAAAAUUUGCUGUUAAAGAUCAAACGAUAACAGAACGCGUCUCACGGUUCCGUACGUGUGUGACAGUUGUGUUACAUGGAGUAUUGAACGAGGGAGAAAACGCAUCAUGAACAUGGACAACGUGGACCAGCAUUUGAUUCACCAGUUUAGUUGUCUAGGCACCACCGACAAGGACGAUCUGGUGAAACAGCUGCAGAAGUUGCUGGCUGGUAGCCAGCUAAAUGAAACUACUGCUGCGUUCUUUCUGGAUAUGAAUAAUUGGAAUCUCCAAGCAGCUAUAUGUAGUUAUUUUGACUUUGAAUCUCCAGUUCAAAAUAAAUUUCCUUGUAUGACACUGAUAUGUGAUAGCACUAUUGGUGAAGGAGAAUCAAUACCACCACUCACUAAUUUUCAAAAAUCUUGGCAUAUACAAAAUAGUGGUACAGAAACAUGGCCUGAAGGAGUUUGCUUACAAUAUAUUGGAGGAGUACAAAUGGGUGCAUGUACAAGGGUACCAGUUCCAUCUUUAGGUCCUGCAGAAAUAACAGUAAUAAGUGUGGACCUUCAAAGUCCUCCAUAUUGUGGUACAUUUAAAAGUAAAUGGAGGAUGAUGGUAAAAUCUACAGAAACUUUUUUUGGAGAUGUUAUUUGGGUAACUAUUACAGUAAGUGAAAGUGGUACUCUGGCCAUUACUCAGCAAUUACAUCAAUUAAGUACUUCAUCAUCUAAUGAUACAAAGAUGUGCUAGCCCCUAAUGUCCAGAAACUUUCCUUAAUUAUUUUUCCUUUUUUUAAAUACGUCUUCGAUUAUUUUUAAUG